CGUAUUUUCUUCUUCUAUACUGUUAUAGUGGUGAUACUGUAUGUAAGCGGAUGAUUGUUUGUACUCUAUUUCACUCAUAAUUUUUUGUAUGAAUUCUUCAUGGAAAUAUAAUAGUUCCCAAAAAAUGUGAAACUGAGCCCUCCGAUGUUAGUUUUUAUUGAAGUUGAGCGUUCGUUGUAUUUGUAUAACUCUGGAAAAUGUGAUUGAAGAUACUUCAUUACCGUCGCAGUAUCAGGGGUUUCAAUUGAAUCUUGUAAUAAAUUGUUUAGGAUGAAUCUUAAGACAUUUUUUACAGAGUCCUUUAUGUGUUCUUAAAUAGGUAGUACUUUUAAGUAAUUUAACCAGUAGUUGACCCUUCGGUAGAUUGAUUUCAGUGAGUCAGCCGUAGAGCUGAGUAGGAAAACCCGUGUAAUUCUUUGAAUUGGGAGAAUGUAAUUUUUAGGCCUUGACACACUAUUUUCUUGUAUUUAUUAUGAUAACCUUCUAACUGUACCUCAUCGAAGUAAUCAGUUAUUUUAUCAAUGGAGUCACAUAUUUUUUCCCAUUCACACUCAUUUAAUCGUAUUUCGUUUUUUGGAUAUGCGUUAAUUAUUUUAACUACUGGUUUGAAACUUUUAUCGGUAUAACUCAACCCACAAAACAAUUUCUUUGAUUCCGAUUUAUUGAGUGGGAUCACAUUGGAUAAAUAAAGAAAAUCUGAGAGGACCAUGAUUUUGAUCUUAACGGUAACUAAUUACGAUUCUUACUGAGUAUUAAUUUGUGAAAAGUCAUCAUGAUAGAGAAAAUAUUUAAAGGUCAAAGGAAAGGAGUACAAUCAAAUCGUGAUUAGGUAAGAGAUUAUUCGAAAUAUAACGGAAAGGGAGAAGUGGUGGGGAGUAAAGUGACUUUUAAGCUAAAGUUAUUUCUUUUCCUUUACAUUUUAUUCCUCUUGAUUGAAGCUAAGUUACUUUUUCUACUGUUAAAUUUUAUGUGUUUAAAGUCUCCGAUUUUUUCGGCUAUAUGAUGGAGACUCUUAAUGAAUCUGAAAUAAGUGAUGAGUUUGAGCAAGAGUUAAUUGCAUUAUUCGAUUUAAAUGGUGAAUUAUUGAAUUUUCAUCCAAAUAUGCUAGAAAGAGAUUUAGAAGGCAAUGAACAACAAGGUGGAAGAGUUGAGGAAAUGAACGAAGAUGGUGGCAAUCAAAAUUUGGAACGACAGAAUAAUAAUAAUAAUAAUAAUGAAGCAAUUGAGGAAGUCCAAAACAUUGUCAACGAUAAUUACCAUAAUAAUCAAGCUCUUAUUCAAAUUUCCAACGGAGUGGAACGUAUGGAAAGGUACGGAGUAACCACUCACGUUAUGAGCUUUCGUAUCAGGGAUAUACCAACAGAAUCUAAUGCUGUCGAUUGGACGCUGAGACCAUUUCGUGAAGUGUAUGAUAAAAUCAAAGAAGCAGGAGGAGCCGGUCACAAUCUGUUCUGCUUGAGUUUUGCAUUUAGAGGACUUGAUGUAAAAAAUAUUCAUCAGACUAUGAGGCCUAUUCGAGAUUAUGAUUUCAAUGAUUUAUGGAAAUUGGUGAAUUCAGUUUGUCAAAGUGCAGGAGGAUUCAAUGUAACAAAUACUUUUGAAAUAAAGCUUCAUGUUGAGACAAUGUGAAUUGUCUUUCAUCACUCUCAGCCUUGCGGUUCCCGCUUUGAUCCGUCUCGUUGCCGUCUGACGUUGAUGUCAUAGUGCCGUGGUCACAUGACAACUCGUCACGUUGACGCAUGCCUGUUGGGAAGAGGUGGGGACAGUCAGGAGGCGAGCCCUAUGCCCAAAAAUUAUCGGUCACCACUUCGAUCCUGGAUCCGUUAACGUUCAGACGUUAUUAUCAUUUAAUAUUAAUUGUUAUACUUGCGAUAUUCACGUAUUUUAUAUUUUGUAAAUCGCAUAGUUUUCCUGGCAAUUAACUUGCAAAAUAGUAUUUUUUGUAUUGUUUAUUAGUUAUUUAAUUAUAAUUAAAUUUAAGUACAUUGAAAGUAUUAUACGUUACCGGCGAAAUAUUCGCGAUAAUAAAACUAAAUUAAAUAAUAAAAUCAGUGUAUGAUAAGGAUUUAGUCCA